CUCUAAUUUGGUCGCAGACUUGUGGAGAAGUAUUGCAGACAGUACUCCUUUGAUGAAGAAAUCCCACAAGCAGUAGAAAGCCUAACAAAUAUUUGCCAUUAGAUCAAUCCUUUCUGUUUAAAGUGCAAUGUUUGUAGUUAAACUCUGACACCAGAAGGUCAGGUGGAGUAUCAAGGUUGCAGUAUAUAAAGGCAGAGAAAUAUAUGCUGGAAAGCUGAUGGGAAGAGUUCGCUGCUUCGAGGGGAAAAGUUAGGUUUUCCAGAAGAGAAACCAUGAAGACCUUAUUCAUUUUUGCCCUUGUGAUGAGUGUUUGGUCUUGUUCUGGGUUGCCGGUGUAUGACUAUGAACCAUCCAUCAUGGAAGAAGCUCUGCGUGCCUCCAUUGGAAGAGUGAAUUCUAGAUCACAAUGGCCAGCCCUGUUUGGCAUUGUCAGGAGCUACGUUAGAGGGCAAACGGCCUUCUGCAGAAGUACAGUGCGGGUCUCUGAAGAGCAGAUACAGAACUUGGCAGUUUACUGCAGCCAGGAUGGGUCCAGCUCAGAAUCCUCAAGCAGCGAGGAGAUGAUGUUCAUGGAAAUGAUGGCCCCAAACAGAAGGGGUGACAGUCGCAAUGAAGCUCAACUUGCUCCUGAGGCCUUCUCUGCAGGGAGAAGACGCCAGAGCUAUAAAGCUCAGCGCCAAUCCAGUUAAAGCCAACUCCUACGCAUUGGAAUAACCCCACUCAGUAAAUUGAGGAUCCAACAGGACCAGAAGCCAAAGAACCAGCACAUGAAGGAGGAACUUGACAGCAAUUAACUUUAUUACAUCAGCAAAAGCCAUUCUGUAACAUAUUGACUCUCCCCCACCGCACCCUUUCCAUUGCAUGGCAAAUGUCGAUUGAAGUAUGCACACAAAUGUGUGGAAAUGGGCAUUCGAUCGCAUUGCUGUAUAUUAGGGCUCAUUUGGAGAGCUGUCUCAUGCGCCUAGCAUAACUGUCUCCAAUGUGUGGUGCAUCAUCUCAUAAUGGUGCUAUUAAAGGAUCAUUAUAUCAUCUA